AUGAUCGAGCGAUUCUCGAGUGCGUGGGCUUUCGCGAUUUCUCCACCAAACGGUAACGCCCAACAAGUGCAUCCGUUCCUCAGUCUCAAACUCCAGCGCGAUAAGCUAAAGCAGUACCAGAAGAAGAUACAAGUCGUGCUCGACCGCGAGCAUGAAAUUGCGAAAGCCCAUCUCGCUACCGGUCAGAAAGACCGUGCUGUCAUAGCCCUCCGUAGGCGCAAGUACCAGCAGAGCUUGCUGUUAAAGACUGACAGCCAAUUGGAGAACUUGGAACAAUUAGUGUCAACCAUCGAGUUUUCUUUGGUCGAAGUUUCUGUCCUUCAUGGUCUCAAGCAAGGAAAUGAUGUUCUUCAAGAGAUUCAUCGUGAGAUGAGUAUUGAGAGUGUCGAGAAGCUCAUGGAUGAGACACAAGAAGCGAGAGAGUAUCAGCGAGAAAUUGGCGAUUUGCUAGCAAACCGAUUAACACAUGAUGAGGAGGACGCCGUCCAGUCGGAGCUCCUAGCAUUGCAAGGGGAAGCACUUGGACAGACAGAGCCUGGAAUGCCCGUGGAUUUGCCAACGCCACCAAAGACGUUACCGCUUGUUUCACAAGAAGCCCAGCAAACGCCCCUAAAGACCAAGAGAGAGCGGGUUCCCGUGCCUGGUUAA